UAAUUUAGUAAGAGAGUAAAACAAUAUUAAUUUUCUAACAAAAUCACAUUUUUCUUAUUUUAAGAAAAUUCAAAAUAAAAAAUCACCAUAGAAACCGGCUUUACUCUCGCGCCAUCUUUCCUCUUAGCUCUUCACUUUAGUGACUGAAUUGAAAGCUGAGGGGCAUUAGGAUUCAACAAAGUAAAUGAAUAGGAAAAGAUGCAUUCUUUUGGGUACAGAUUGAAUGGUCUUCUAACGUUUGCCGUGACGAUUCUGGCGCUAAUGUGCGUCAUAGCAUCUCUCUCAGACAACCUCAACAUUCCCUCUCCCUCUGCAGAAAUCCAGAUUAUGAACAUUAAUUGGUUCCAGAAGCAACCAAAGGGGAGUGAUGAGGUCAGCUUAACGAUGAAUAUAUCAGCUGAUUUGCAGUCAUUGUUUACAUGGAACACAAAACAGGUUUUCAUUUUUGUAGCUGCUGAGUAUGAAACAAGAAAGAAUUCCUUGAAUCAGGUCUCGCUUUGGGAUGCUAUAAUACCUGCCAAAGAGCGUGCAAAGUUUUGGAUCCGCAGCUCAAACAAAUAUCGAUUUGUUGAUCACGGAAAGAACCUCCGUGGCAAAGAGUUCAACUUAACAUUGCAUUGGCAUGUAAUGCCUAAGACCGGAAAGAUGUUUGCUGACAAAAUCGUGAUGAGUGGCUAUAGUUUGCCGGAGGAAUAUAUAUAACAAGGUUUCGUUGGGGUGUAUGUUUUGAGGUUGCUGUAAGUUUAGCUUUUUCUCUGCAUGCAAAUACUCUAUAGUCUCUCUCUCCCUAUAUAUAGCUCAGCUGAACCAGUUGGAAUUGCAAUCCAAAAUCCUUGAUCUUUUUGCCUUUUUAAUUCUUCAUGUAGAUGGUAGAAAAUAUAUAAUACAGUCAAACUUUGAUGUGUCCAUUCAUAUUAUUGCAUAAAAUGGUCUGCAGACUCCAGUUGUAUCCCUCAA